AGGGGGCCACCUUCACACUAAAAUAACAUUUUUUUCUCUUUCUCUAUUUUUCUUUUUUAAUUUUUGCAUAUGGUUUCUGUCUUCACACUCCAAAAUGACCACCUCAUCUUCACUCUCCACUCUUCUUUACACCUCUCUUCCCUCUUCUCCUAACACCAUAGUUCUGUCUUCUUCUUCAAUCCUACUCUUUUCACUACCCACCACAUCUCUUUCCCCUGAUUCUUUUUUUUGUUAGGUGUGAAAUAGUUCCUUAGAAAGAUAUAGCAUAACCCAUUUUUUUCUUUUCCUUUUUCUUUUUUCUUUUUCUAAGGCUUCCCUUAAUUCCACCAUGACCAAACUAAUAGUAGAAGUUCUUGAUGCAAGUGAUCUUAUGCCCAAAGAUGGUCAGGGUUCUUCUAAUCCUUUUGUACAAGUAGACUUUGAUGAGCAGAGACAGAGAACUCAAACCAAACCUAAAGACCUCAGUCCUUGCUGGAAUGAAAAGCUUGUUUUCAAUGUAAACAAUCCAAGAGAUCUUCCUAACAAGACCAUUGAAGUUAAUCUUUACCAUGAUCGAAAAGGUGAUCCUGGUCAUGACAAGAACUUCCUGGGUCGUGUUAGAAUUUCUGGUUUUUCUGUCCCUUUAUCUGAGUCUGAAGCUAAUGUCCAGAGAUGCCCACUUGAAAAACGUGGCCUGUUUUCUAAUAUCAGAGGUGAUAUAGCGCUCAAGAUUUAUGCAGUUUUUGAUGGUAAUGGUAAUAAUUACUAUCCUCCUCCUCCUCCUCUUUCUCAUCCUCAACAGCAACACAAUGCUGUCAAUAUUGAAACUGAAGCUACUCCUGUUCAAGAAAUCAAUACCGACAAGCAGCUUGAAGAAGAUAUUAUGGCUGCUGCUGAAAAGAAAACCAAGAAGAAAAAAGAAAAAGAAGUGAGGACUUUUUACUCUAUAGGGACGACUGCAACUGGUGGAGGUCCCGCCCAUUAUCAUCAUCCUCCUGCUCCUGCUCCAGCUCCUGCUCCCAUGUCUUCUGGGUUCGGAUUCGGGUUCGAGACUCAUGUAAUGAGGGAAAAGGCACCUACAGUUGAGGCAAGAACUGAUUUUGCUAGAGCAGGGCCAGCUACUGUUAUGCAUAUGCAAGUUCCUAGGCAGAAUCCAGAAUAUUUACUGGUGGAGACUCGCCCGCCAGUGGCUGCUCGUCUGCGAUACAGAGGUGGAGACAAGACCACAAGUACUUAUGAUUUGGUUGAGCAGAUGCAUUACUUGUAUGUGAGUGUGGUUAAAGCUAGAGAUCUUCCAGUUAUGGAUGUUACUGGUAGUCUUGAUCCAUAUGUGGAAGUGAAGCUUGGGAAUUAUAAAGGCAGGACUAAACACUUGGAGAAGAACCAGCAUCCAGUGUGGAAUCAAAUUUUUGCUUUCUCAAAGGAUAGAUUGCAGGCCAAUUUACUUGAAGUUACUGUGAAAGAUAAGGAUUUUGUUAAGGAUGAUUUUGUGGGUAGAAUUCCUUUUGAUCUAUCUGAAGUUCCUCUUCGUGUUCCACCUGAUAGUCCACUGGCUCCUCAAUGGUAUAAAUUGGAAGACAAGAAGGGUGACAAGACUAAGGGGGAAAUUAUGCUUGCAGUUUGGAUGGGAACACAAGCUGAUGAAUCAUUUCCUGAGGCAUGGCAUAACGAUGCUCAUGAUAUUGGUCAUACAAACUUGGCUGAUACUAGAUCAAAGGUAUAUUUUUCGCCGAAAUUAUAUUAUCUUCGAGUUCAUGUCAUGGAAGCUCAAGAUCUUUUCCCCUCGGAAAAGGGUCGAGCGCCUGAUGUAUAUGUGAAGGUUCAACUUGGGAAUCAGGGAAGAGUCACUAGACCUGCGCGAAGCAUCAAUCCAGGUUGGAAUGAAGAGCUUAUGUUUGUAGCAUCUGAGCCUUUUGAGGAUUACAUAAUUGUGAGUGUUGAGGACAGGGUUGGACCUGGCAAGGAUGAGAUCAUGGGAAGAGUGAUUAUACCAGUUAGAGAAGUUCCACCAAGAAGAGAGACUGCGAAACUCCCGGAUCCUCGUUGGUUCAAUCUCUUCAAGCCUUCAUUGGCAGAGGAGGAAGGGGAGAAGAAGAAAGAAAAAUUCUCUAGCAAGAUUCUGCUGUGUCUCUGUUUAGACACAGGAUAUCAUGUUCUUGAUGAGUCUACUCAUUUUAGCAGUGAUCUACAGCCAUCGUCCAAGUUCUUAAGGAAAGAAAGAAUUGGAAUUCUUGAACUUGGGAUCUUGAGUGCAAAAAAUUUGCUGCCCUUGAAGAGCAAGGCUACCGAUGCAUAUUGUGUGGCCAAGUAUGGUAAUAAAUGGGUUCGAACCAGAACACUUCUUGACAAUCUAAAUCCUCGUUGGAAUGAGCAGUAUACUUGGGAUGUUUUUGAUCCUUGCACUGUGAUCACCAUUGGCGUUUUUGACAACUGCCACAUUAGUGGAAGCAAGGAGGACGCUAAGGAUAAGAGAAUUGGAAAGGUGAGAAUCCGUCUUUCGACUUUAGAAACUGAUCGAAUUUAUACACAUUAUUAUCCUCUGUUAGUUCUUCAACCUGCUGGGGGAUUAAAAAAGCAUGGGGAAAUUCAAUUGGCAUUGAGGUUCACCUGCACAGCUUGGGUUAAUAUGGUGACUCAAUAUGGCAAGCCAUUGCUUCCCAAAAUGCAUUACAUCCAACCAAUUUCUGUUAGGCACAUUGAUUGGCUUCGCCACCAAGCAAUGCAGAUAGUGGCAGCAAGGCUAACAAGAGCUGAGCCACCACUCAGGCGCGAAGCUGUUGAGUAUAUGUUGGAUGUGGAUUACCAUAUGUGGAGUUUGAGAAGAAGCAAAGCAAAUUUCGCCCGCAUAAUGUCGCUGCUUUCAGGGGUUGCAGCUGUCUUUAAAUGGUUUAAUGAUAUUUGCACUUGGAGAAAUCCAGUAACAACCUGUCUCGUGCAUGUACUGUUCUUGAUACUGGUUUGCUAUCCAGAAUUGAUUCUUCCCACCAUCUUCCUUUACCUGUUUGUCAUUGGAGUAUGGAACUAUAGGUUCAGGCCUAGACACCCAUCUCACAUGGAUAUUCGGCUUUCGCAAGCUGACACAGUGCACCCAGAUGAGCUUGACGAGGAGUUCGACUCAUUCCCAACAUCAAGACCAGCAGAUAUUGUGAGGAUGAGAUAUGAUAGGCUGAGAAGUGUUGCAGGCAGAGUACAGACAGUAGUUGGGGACUUGGCAAGUCAAGGGGAAAGAGCUCAAGCAAUACUGAGCUGGCGAGAUCCAAGGGCUACAGCCAUCUUCAUAAUCUUUUCAUUGAUCUGGGCUGUGUUCAUUUACAUUACUCCAUUCCAGGUUGUGGCCGUACUGGUCGGACUGUAUUUGUUGCGACAUCCCCGGUUCAGGGGCAAGAUGCCCUCUGUGCCUGUCAACUUCUUCAAGAGAUUACCAUCCAAGUCAGAUAUGUUACUAUGAGCUGCAAAUUAUUAUCAAUAAUACAUUCAUUCGGCUAAUUAUUUUCAAGGAAGGGUGAGUAAGUAAAUAAAGAUUCGUCAGUGUCAUAGCAGCAGAAGACAGAAAAAGAAAAGCAACAAUGCACCUUUCCUUCCUGCUACACCAACCUGCAAAAGAAUCUCACUUUUCGCUAAAUAUGCAUAUCCUACCUUUUUGAAUCUCAUGUAUGUCACCCCACCAUUCUUUUUGGCUCUAUAUUCCAUAUUCUGUAAUAUUGCUGAGGAAUAAUAUUCUGCAUUUCACAAAUAA